AUGAGUCUACAAUUUACCCUGGGUCGCUCCCAGGUUAAGCAUUUCAAGACAGCUCUACAAACCCUUAAUAAGAUUGGCGGGGAGCUCCUUAUUGAGGCCACGCCUGGGCAGCUCAUACUGCGAAGCAUAAACACAGCGAAAUCGGCGUUUCUCUCCGUUACCUACUUCAGUCGCUUUUUUGAAAGCUACGAUAUAUUCGACACGGAAUGCGUUCAGUCGGUAGUCCUCAGCAAGAAUGUCCUUGCGCUCUUCCGGUCCUUCAAAAUCUCACAAAUCGUGGUCGCUCUGGACACCACGACCGCCCGGAUGCAGGCCAACGUCCACAACGAAGAAGGCCUGGUCAAGCGCUACGUGUUCAACUGCCUGGAUGGCGAGGUGCUGCAAGCCAAUGUGGACCGAGACACCUGCCCCAUCGUGGUCGUGGCGGAGGCCUCCGAACUGGACAAGCUGCUCUCCUCCUUCCAGCACACCUUGGAGGAGAUCACGCUGAUUGCCAACCCGCUGUCAGCAGCCUCCGUGGCAAACGGGCACAAGGCGUGUGAGCUGCGCAGCUUCGUGGACCCGCUGAAAGGCGGCCAGGAGUCAGCCCUCCAGACCAGCAUGACCCUCGACACGCGCUCCGUCUUCACCUCCUACUCGCACGCCUCGCACGAGGCUGCUGACGUCACCUUCAAUGUACGGG